AUGUUGAUCCCAUUCUUGGGUAUCUUCGUGGGCAUGACUCUCUGGAGUCAGUGGUUCUCCAUCCCGGGGUUCACUGUUCCAGAGCAGUCGUUCAUGCGGCGUCUGUCUGGUACCUUCCAGCUGACAAUGGAAUCUUGGACUUUCUGCGAUCUGGUGGACUUUGCCGUGUCCCAGGGUUCUCCCUUUGGUGACCGUGCAAUUGUGAUCCCUGCAGAUAGUCAUGGGCAUGCAAACUUGACGGAAGGACCCCCAUUCGAAUCCCCGUUCAUGGUACCCAUCCCGGUCUCGCCCUGGUCAAGUGAUCGAGUGACAUCUUCUGAUCCCGACGAAUUUGUCCCCGUCUUCACACUUGGAUCCGGUCCCGGGCAAUUUUCCGAUGGCACGCUGUUGUUGUUUGGCCUCUGGUGUUUUUUCCUAGGUUUCUGGGCCUCGAUUGUUUACCCACGGCGAUAUGUCGCGGCUGGCAUUGAAGCCAUGAUUGGCUGGAUUCUGAACUUUCUUGACGACCAACCGCAAAUUGCACGUGUGCAUGCUGUGGCCGAGGAAAAUCCAUUCUCUUUUUACGAGGAGAUGGAUGCUCUGAUCGCGGGUCAGACGAAAAGGGAUGAUGAAGGUCUUGACUGGAACUUUGCUACGGACAUUCGUCCCAAUGACGUCUCCCAUGUGUCGAUGCCCCCUCGGUUUGAAGGUACCUGGUUCCCCCAGACUGCUGAUGACCUGAUGGGUGGGCAGGCCAUGGACUCGGAAUUGGCUUGCAAUCGCACCGAACCAGCCAACACCACGGACGACGCCUGCGCGAACUUGGUCUCUCGGCCUCCCUGGAACUCAUCCGACAUCUACGCCUCCGACCAUGACGAUCCCUUGGCUCCGGUUGAGAUUCUGAAUGGGAACGGUGCGGAAACUGCUGGUUGUGAUUCCACCCCGGCGAACAAAAGGAAGAAGAACCGUCCGUCGCAAGCAGCGAGACUUCGUCAAGGAAAGAGGGCACGCCGUGAGAGCGAGAAGGAACUUCAACAGGAUGCCUUUGGGUCUACUGUUCCAGCCUCUUCCGCUCUGGAUGCUUCUCUGGCGACUUCUCAGGUCUCGACGCCUUUAUCGGCUUUGGCUCCGGUCUUUGUUCCUGGUCGUACGGCGGAGCAGGAGCUGCAGAGUGGUCCUCUUUCCCCAACUCCCUUGUCUGUUGAAAUGGACAUUGAUCUUCCCGCGGACUGUGGUACGACUUCGCCUGAUGACAACGCUUCUUCCCAGCGGUCUAGUCGCCGUCAUCGCCGUCGAAAGCGUCAUGCCUAG